UUCCGAGACCCGGAAGUUAGACGAGAGUGGCACUUCUCCCCUUAGAUAUCUAUGCUUCUCCCCAUAUUAGAGAUUCUCUGACACAACGAAGAAGGAGAGGAAGAAGAAGAAGGAGCCGUGUUUAUCUUCCGGCUGUCAAACUGCCGCGGGAGCUCGUGGAUCCCGGUUUGUUUUGAACGUUUCCGUGCGUGUCUUCGUGGUGAGCGGCCGUCAUCAACAUGGAGAAGGACUGUGAACCUGUCUGCGGGGACGUGAAGACGGCUCCUCUCUCCGAGGCCCAGCUGGACUUCUCCGGCCAGCCGUACUCCGCCUCGGUCCUCCAGGUGGGAUACUGUGUACCGCAGCCCGACGGCACCUUCCGAGCGGACGGCACCGUGACCCUGUUAACGGGACCCAAAACUAUUCUGGUGGACACCGGAGGACCGUGGGGCCGGGAGCUGCUCCUGACGAAGCUGAGAGAAAGGGCUGUGGAGCCGGCAGACGUCAGUAUUGUCGUGGGGACUCACGGACACUCGGACCACAUAGGAAACCUGGGGCUUUUCCCCUCAGCCACGUUAAUAGUGGGCUUUGAUAUCAGCCAAGGUGACCGCUACCUGGCCAACCAGCUAGCACAGGGACAAGCCUACCCUAUUGAUGAACAUGUGUGUGUAGUUCCCAGUCCAGGCCACACGGCGCAAGAUGUGAGCGUCUGUGUGAGGGGAACAUCAGUGGGGACAGUGCUUGUUGCUGGGGACUUAUUUGAGUGCUGGUCAGACGAGGAGAGCUGGAGGGAUCUGAGCGUGAACCCAGCAGUGCAGGAAGUCAGCCGCCGGGAGGCUCUACGCACUGCUGAUGUCAUCAUACCAGGACAUGGACUCCCGUUCAGAGUCAUCAGGAACACAUAACCACACAAAUACGCAGACUCUUUCCACCUUCAGAAGCAUUGUGAGGACACAUCUCCAGGCUCAACUCUGAGAAAACACAUCUACUGUACAAACAGGCUUUUGAAGGCUGACAUCAAUAAAUUAUGGACUGAUUUUGAUUUCAAA